AUGUCUUUUGGCGUCGGCGUUGGCGAUAUCUUAGCGGUCUCGAAGCUUGCACGCAGUGUUUGGAGCCAAGUUCGAGACUCUUCCGAUCAGUUCAAUGCCAUUCGCAAUGAAGUUGCUGGUCUCCAUCUCGUUCUCGAGGAUGUUGCACAAAAUUCAUCACGGUGUCGGCUCAGCGGGAAGCAGAAAAGCGAUCUGUCAUCGUAG